AUGGCUGGUCAUGUGGAUCCCUGCAUGAUACACAUCAAGUCCUUCACUAAUGCAUCAAACCUAAGAGACUCAAUUGAACUCAAUAAAAAUUCACCAACUCAACAGCACCUGCUGAUUGGAUCCAAGCAGCAGGAACCAGGCUAUGUAACAAUUCCAGUCACUCUAUUUUAUGUUUUACUUUUUCUCUUUGGUGUAUUUGCAAAUGGUUUGAGCAUUCUGACACUGCUGAAGAAUGGACGGAUGAAGGCUAGUGCCAUUCGCUUCUACCUCCUUAGCCUGACAUUGGCCGAUCUGCUGCUUUUAUUGACCAUACCAGUGACUGUGUACAGGUACUACUGGCAGUACUAUCCCUGGCUGCUCAGUAACCCUGUCUGCAAACUUUACUUCAUGGUCCGACAGAUCUAUUGUGCUACAACUAGCUGGACUAUUAUUGCUUUUACUGCUCAGCGUUAUAUUGUCAUUUGCCAUCCAAUGUGGUCAAUCACUGGUCUACGACAAUCUCGAAUGGUUUAUUUAUUGGCAGUGAUCUGGGUCUUGUCAGCCAUCUCAUCUGUACCAUUUGCCAUUGUUUAUGGGCAAUCAGCUGCCUGUGUCUUGGACUAUACUGCCACUUCACAGGAUAAGACUAUCUUCUACUCCACUGUGUGUGAGAUGUUUGAGCAAGAGCCAUUUACCAUCUACAAGACUGUGGUCCAAAUGAGGAGCAUCCUAUGCUUCUUAGUUCCACUCACCGUGAUCAUCAUCCUUCACCUGUUAAUAUUUCGACAUUUAAGUGUGAAUAGUCGCCAGCGGGAGGAGAUGGGAUUAACACAUUCUUGGAGCGGUCAAUGCUCAAACCCUCUCACCAGUUCUGGAAGUCUGCCUGGAACAGAAAGGAAGGCCCUUCAGCUGAUGGGAGCUGUCGUUGUUGCCUUUUUCGUUUGUAACUUUCCUGAUACAGCUGCCACCCUGAUGCACAUUUAUACGGAGAACUGGUCUAUAAGUGUUUACAGAACCUACACCUGGCUGAAGUCAUACUUAUCACUGCCACUAUGGUAUGUGAACAGUGCUCUAGACCCGAUCCUCUUUUGCAUUUCCUCUUCCUCCUUCCGUAGUGCUGGCAAGGAAAGCCUUGCACCCUUACUCCCCAAGAUCGGCAGGUCACUGAAUGAUCACAAGCUACAUGGUUCAUGCAAUAGCCUCUCCCAGAACUGGAUCCUCAUGCAGGCUGCCAUGGGCACCUUUACCAUCAGAUAUGUUAUAAAUGGGUCUGAACACAAUGAAAUCAUCAGUAAACACAUGGACUACAAAUCUACAAAUGGAGGGCAAGUCAUUAAUGAAGACUGCACAGGUGACCUCUACGGGAUUUCAAUAUCAGCCACCUACAAAUGCUUCCAUGAGGUCACAGAGGCCAUCUUCUCCGUUGCACACAACUUUGUGCAUUUCGCCCGGGACCAGGACAGCUAG